UGUGCCCCAGUUUCUGUUUAAAUCAUAUGUGAUAUGAUGAAAUAUUGUAUGGUAGGUUUGUAAAAAUGCUGUCAGACAGCUUACUUAAUCAUCGGAUAUUAACCACAGAAAUUGAGUCAUUCAUUCUCAAUAAUGGGAAAAGGAGAAUGCUGAAAAGACACAUGAUUGCACUGUGGAACCUCUUUCUUUCAUACCAUUGUUACUAUUGCAGGUAGCUCUCAAUGAGAGUCAUUACUCUGGCUUAGCCUGUCAGUGUUGACAGAAGCAGGCUAUUGCAUUCACAAUUGCACAGUAAGUUUGUGUUUUGGCUCUUGCUAGUGCUGUGUCUCUGAUGAUGAUCAAGGCUCAUGUCAUAGCUUUGGACUAUUUUUCUUGCUUUUAAUGCUACAAUAAAUGCACUCUUCCCUUUCAGGCACACAAGCUUUUGCUCUCAAAUGCUUCAUUUCCUGUAAGUGAACAGAACAUUCAUAGACUGGUAUAUUUACAUUGAGUUAGUGGAAUUUUUCUACAUUUCACAAACCAGUUGAGUGGAAGCAUUCUUAAUUUAAGUUUUUCUUCUUAAUUUUUUUUCCUGAGUUAUAACGUAGUGUGCACUGUUACUUCUCAAAAUAAUUGGGAAUUCAGAAAUUCUGACUUCUGUGUUGGCCUGUAUCAUCUUAGUUGAAUAAAUAAUCAAUAUUGAAAAGAGGACAGCAGAAAAACUAAGGGAAGUGUUGGCCAUGGAGUUUCAUUAUCUCAUUCCCUCUUACAUAAAUAACAUCCGGUAGUCUUGCUGGAAACUUUAAACUUGCCGGGAGCUGUUGUGGCCCAUAAUGUCCUCAUUUCAAGACAGGUAUUUGCAGGAUGAUUUAAGUUGUGCGCUCAACAGUGGCCCUGGCACAAAAACCCCUUCCAUAAACUGCAGCUGGACUAUUACCUUAGUGCAGCCUGGAGAGAACAUCCAGACCACUCACUUCCUACUAAGCAAUAUAUCCCUUUCAGGCUGCACCGCUGGAUUCUGAGACUCUGGAAAAAGUCUUGUGCUGUGCAUCAAACAAUUAAUAAAUUAUCUUUUUUAUUUCAUUUGGCAUUUGUUGCAGGAUCACAUUCCCAGAUCAGGGGAGACAAGCACUCACACACCGUCACCCCUGAGGGGGUGCUGUGGGGUCAGUUACCACAUUCAUACCAAUUAUCACGUCGGACAGAACCGCGUGCUGACUACAAGCCGUCAAUCAACCAGGUUGUUCCAGUGCAACUAGCCGAGCUCGCCUGUCCGUGUGAAAGUUCAUCUGACCGAGCUUUGCCUGCCGUUGGUAAUGAGGGCCUUUGCCAUCAGCCUGUUCUCCCUGUUCUGCUGCUGCUCCGUGCUCUGUGAUGUACGAAGCCGACCCCGCUCACGACCGACAGGACCCAGGGGGCGGAAUGACACCGCCCUGCAAACCAACCUGCUGGAGAGUCCAUGCAAGGGGAAGCCACUGGACUUUGUGCUGGUCAUCGACAGCUCCCGUAGCGUGCGUCCCCACGACUACGAGAAGGUCAAGACCUUCAUCACCAACAUCUUGAGGUUCCUGGACGUGGGGCCGGAUGCUACGCGCGUGGGCCUGCUCCAGUACGGCAGCGUGGUGCAGAACGAGUUCUCCCUCAAGACCUUCCACAGGAAGGCGGACAUGGAGCGGGCCGUGCGGGACAUGGUCCACCUGGCCAGCGGCACCAUGACGGGGCUGGCGCUCCAGUACACCAUGAACGUGGCCUUCUCCGAGGCCGAGGGCGCCCGGCCCCUGCACCAGCACAUCCCCCGCAUCGCCAUGGUGGUCACCGACGGCCGACCCCAGGACACGGUGAAGGAGGCGGCGGCUCGGGCCCGGCAGGCCGGGAUCCAGAUCUUUGCCAUCGGCGUGGGGCGGGUGGACAUGAGCACACUGCGGGCCAUUGGCAGCGAGCCACACUCCGAGCACGUCUACCUUGUGGCCAAUUUCAGUCAGAUCCAGACUCUCACCUCUGUCUUCCAGUCCAAGCUGUGCGGAGGUGCCAACCUGUGCUCCGUGAUCAACCACCGCUGUGAGCACAUCUGCGUCAGCACGCCCACGUCCUACGUGUGCAGGUGCAGGAAGGGCUACGUCCUCAACCCAGACGGGAAGACCUGCCGCGGAAUUGACCAGUGCGCUCUGGGUACCCAUGGUUGUGAACACGAGUGUGUCAACACAGGAGACUCAUUUGUGUGUAGAUGUCAUAAGGGCUACAGGCUCAACCCUGAUGGCAAAACCUGCAAGAAAAUUGACCAGUGCGCUCUGGGUACCCACGGCUGUGAACACAAGUGUGUUAACACAGGAGACUCCUUUGUGUGUCGAUGUCACAGGGGUUAUACGCUCAACCCUGAUGGCAAAACCUGCAAGAAAAUUGACCAGUGCGCUCUGGGUGCCCACGGCUGUGAACACGAGUGUGUCAACACAGAAGACUCCUUUGUGUGCAGAUGUCGCAAGGGCUACACACUUAAUCCCGAUGGCAAGACCUGCAAAAGUAUAGAUGUCUGCAGCACGGUCAGCCACGGCUGUGAGCACCUGUGUGUCAGCACGCCGGACUCUUACAUCUGCAAGUGCCGGGAGGGAUACACGCUGGCCGAGGACCGCAAGAGCUGCAAGAAGCUGGAGUGCAGAGACGGGGCGCUGGACUUGGUGUUCGUGAUUGACGGCUCUAAGAGCCUGGGCCCUGCCAACUUCCAGCUGGUGAAGCAGUUUGUGAUCGGCAUCGUGGACGCGCUGGACGUGUCGCCCACGGCGACGAGGGUGGGGCUGCUGCAGUACUCCACCAAGGUGCGCGCCGAGUUCACCCUGGGCCAGCUGUCCUCCGGGGAGGACGUCAGAGAGGCGGUCUCCCGCGUGCAGUACAUGGGCCGGGGGUCCAUGACGGGCUCCGCCCUGCGUCACAUGUUCGAGUUCAGCUUCUCCGCCAAGGAGGGGGCUCGGCCCGACGCCCGCCGCAUCUGCAUCGUGUUCACCGACGGACGGUCCCAGGACGACGUCUCCAAAUGGUCCACCAAAGCGCAGGAGUCCGGCAUCACAGUCUACGCAGUUGGCGUUGGGAAAGCCAUAGAGGAAGAACUUCGGGAGAUCGCUUCAGCACCAGACGACAAGCACUUGUUUUACGCAGAAGAUUUUAGCCUCAUGGGUCAAAUUACAGACAAACUGAAGUCACGGAUUUGUAAAGAAAAGCCCUCCAAUGAAGACCUGUGCAAAUGUGAACAUAUGGUAAGCUUCCAAAGCCAGGCCACAGAACAGCUGCGGAUGCUGAGCCAGAGACUGGAAGCUGUGACGAAGAGGCUGGAGAUGCUGGAGAACCGCUUGGGACAUAACUGAUUCCUCUGAGAUAUCCGCUCCAUAUGUGAUAUAAUUCAGAAGAAAACUCAUUCAAGACGUUGUCUUAUGAACGAGGACUGCUUUAAAACAAAUUCAGUUUCCAGCACUGAAACAGAAGUUAAGCUAUUUUUUUUACUGAUUGAGAUAUUUAUAUACAUUGAGAUAUUUUAUGUUUUAUGCAUUACAGACAUGUCUCUGCUACCUGCUGGUAUUUGGGAGGCCUUUUUUUCUUUACUUAUGUUGCUGUGUAUAAAGUGUAUGUAAAGUGCUGUGCAUCUAUGCAUGCUCAACAUGCAUAGUUAUACUUCAUUUAGAGAACCUGUUUUAUACUGUCAAGAAAAGAGUGUCACAUUUCAUUUUUAAAUUGUGAAAUAAACAAUUUUAGUAAUUA